AGUUUCAGGCGAAGGAACGGGAACAUCAUUGCCGAAAAAAGUGACAUCAGUCAUCGUCUAUCGCAGCAGCAGGUCAGCAGGAUUAUGGAAAGGCCAGUGGUGUCGUAGAAAAAGGAUUCCUUCGCUGCGUGCUGUGUGUGUUUGUGAUGAACGGGGAAAAAACGGAACGAGCCGUCCGGAAAACCCUGGCCUGCGUUGGAAUUUGUGAGCGAAAACUGUACCGUACGUCGUGGGCCCGUCGUGCCGUGGUUUUCGCUGCGUGUCCAGUUGCACCCCAUGCAGUGGGCAGCCGUGGGAAAAUCCGCCACCGAAAGAAUUCAUCACAGCCAUCACAACAGCACCACCAAGAGCAACAACACUUGCAGCAGCCACGGCAGUAGCAAGUCCACCAACAGUAGUACUCCAGCGUAGUGCGUCGCUGCGAGGUGUACCUGUGUACGUGUGCGUGUACACAAGACGCAAGUGUUGCAAAAAGGAAAAAGAAGUGUGUCGAACAGCACUGACGCGAAGGCAAAAGUUGUGCAAAAGCAGAAAAACAACAUUCCCACUACCCCCAGCCAAAAUCCUGCCUGCGCCACGCCAGUCUUCUCUUCACGCACUUUGUGGAAAAGCCAGUCUGUAAGGAGCCAAACUGAAUGCGAAAAACGGGCGACUCACAAUACGACUAGUGUGUCCUGCACGUAGUCAUGCAUGGAGAUGCUGCUUGAAUUUUAAGCAGCUAGAAUUUUUAAAUAGCUUUCAUUUCAUCGAUCAGAAUCCGAUCCUAGGGACAUCGCACCGUCUCACGGUGUUCUCCGGAUCGGAGCCGAAGAUUGUUGACAAACCUGACACAACCCCUUCAUACCACAAAAGCAGGAUACCCGUCCGCUGCGCUUGUGUGCUUGUAGACGGCGAACGAGCGCGAUCCGCUCCAUCUCAGAAUGAUAGAUGAAAUUGUAGAUCGUAUAGUUCAGUUCUUCUCCACCGGAUUGGUGGAGAAAAUCAUCAAAGCCUUCCUGGUUCUCUGUGAUCGCUUCGUGAACUUCAUACUCUCACUGUGCGAAGGAAAUAACUACAAGAAAAAGGACGAAACGGUCGACGUGCUGUACACUAGCGGCAACUUUCUUGUGAUCAACAAAAAGCACGACCUACUGAUCAAUUCGAACGACACUAAAAAGAAAACGGUGCAAACGAUAAUGCGAAAGCAGUUUCCCGAGUACGUGCAGGAUAAUCUAACGCAUGAUUUCUACUUCGCCCACCGGUUGGACUUUGCUACCAGUGGAAUACUGUGCAUUCCGCUGAACAAGAAUGCAUGCAAGGAGGUGUGCCAGGUGUUCGAGGAGCAGCGUGCUCGAAAAUACUAUCUAGCUUUACUACGUGGUCAUACGGAUUUCGACGAAGAAGUGAUCGAUAUAGCGAUAGGCGAAGACGUCCGGUUCAAGGAUACGAGCAAAAAAAUGUGCACCAUCCUCGAGGACGAGCUAUGCCAAAAUCCGCGUCGCAGUAUAACGAAGGUACUGGUGCUGGAUCGGGGCUACUACAACGGGAAACCAGUCACCAAAGUGCUUUUACGGCCCAUUACCGGCCGCCGGCAUCAGCUGCGCCUGCACUGCUCCCAGAUCGGGCACGUCAUCGUGGGCGACUAUACGUACAGUCUCAAGAUCGACACGUCGCCACCGCGCAUGUUUCUGCACGCGUUCCGCCUGGUGCUGCCGAACACGAUCGAAAACCUCGAUAUCCAGACGGACGAUCCGUUCACGGAAAAGGCGCUCAAAUACAAGUGGAAGGCGGUCGAGCAGGUCAACAGCAUUGCCAACGCGUUCGACAUCAUUGACUCAUUUUAACAUUUGUGGGAACCAUGUAGGAUAUACUUUUGUAGGUCGCGUUCGUUCACGUUUAGGUUGGAUCAUUUCCGGCGCCGGUUAAAUGUAAAUAUUCGAUCCUUCUCUCGAAUUUACUCUCUCUAGACCCCCGACGGGUAGAAGCGAAGCUGGGGGCUCAAACGGGUUCGAGCCCGCCGUUGAACUUUGUUAUUUAUUUCUUUUGAUAGCGCAAUCGUUAAAGAAAAGACGCAACAGUUCGGCAUCCUUGCUCUGUACGAAAAAAAAACAUUUAUCUCAGCCGCUCGUUUUCCAUUCGGGAGGAAUAUUCGAACGGUUUAGGUCAAUGAAAAAGUUUGAUAUAACUUCCCUACACUACGCAGACACGCACUUUCCGUAAAUUUGCACACCGGGUGACGAUAGGAUACACGCGAGAUAUAUAAUAUGGCUAUACCAACGUCAGUCUAAGAGGCCGCAUUCUAGUCAUCAUAUACACCUCCAUACAGGCGCGCGCUAUAGCAUAGUAAUCAGCAAUGGUACGAUCGUUGAGAAGCGAGAGAUCAUAUAUUUAGGUCCUUUGUUGUCCUUUCGUACCCGAUAGGAUGGCUAAAAGAUGAGACUGUAGCCUAGAUGAAUUAAAUUAUCUAAUGCCAUUCUUUCAGCAAACUGUAAUAAGAAGAAAAUAAGAAAAAAAAGAGUAGUCAGACCGAGUGGACGAUAUUGUUUCGAAUUCCAGCUAGUAAUAUUGCAAAUGUAGGAAGUCGAAGCGUGACAACGCGGGGAAAUGUGAAUCGCAGGAUGGCAUUUGUUUGUCUUAUUUCUUGGAGUAUCGUAGGAAUAAUUUAAUAUCGAAUUGUUGAUAAAACGUGGAAAACGUCACAGAGAAGAACGAGAAAAAAAAAUCAUUAAAAAAGAUAAACUGUUUACCGAAUAGAAGAAGUAACACUAGAUAGCGAUUUACUAUUGAAAUGACAUCUUUUCCCCCCCUCGCCAGACAUAAAGUACUUUACAAAAAAAAACAUACUAGGAAUAUAUUCGCAUAUAGAGCAUAUAGAGUGGGAAAUGCUUUCCAACUGCUACGUUCGCAAA